AAAACAACAUGGCGGGCAGUGUCAAUUUGGGAACGUCGCGGUUAUAACGUGAAAUAAUGAAUUUUGUUGUUUUAGAAUAUGGGUGAAUAUGUGCAAUAAUUUAUUACACUCUGAUGUGCAAAGUGUUGUGUUUUGAUUAUAUUUGUGUAAUUUAAGUGUCAAAAUGGCCUCGGAUAAGAUAAAAGUAGCAGUUCGAGUCCGUCCUUUUAACAGGCGAGAACUCGAACUUGGUACACAAUGCGUGGUCGAUAUGGAAGGGCAGCAGACCGUUUUGCAGUACCCUCAGUCAGGGCACGACAAAGAAAGAAAACAACCAAAGACGUUCGCAUUCGACCACUGUUUCUUCUCCUUGGAGCCGUCUGCACCAAACUUUGCCUCCCAAAAGAUUGUCUUCGAAUGUCUCGGCAGAGAUAUAUUGGACAAUGCUUUCGACGGAUACAACGCUUGCAUAUUUGCAUACGGACAGACAGGUUCAGGGAAGUCAUAUACGAUGAUGGGGGCCCCGGGACCUGAUGAAGGCGGCAUUAUUCCAAGAUUAUGUGACGCGCUGUUCGAAAGGAUCGCUGUUCAACAGUCACCACCAGCGCUCACUUAUAAGGUGGAGGUGUCGUAUAUGGAAAUAUACAACGAACGGGUCCAUGACCUCCUGGAUCCAGAAACAACGAGGAGAUCCCUGAGGGUGCGGGAGCAUGCGGUCCUGGGCCCUUAUGUCGAUGGCCUAUCACAACUGGCUGUCACAUCUUUUCACGACAUCGACAACUUAAUGACCGAAGGCAACAAAUCGCGAACGGUCGCGGCGACAAACAUGAACAGCGAGUCGUCACGGUCGCACGCGGUGUUCAGCGUGGUGCUGACGCAGACGCUGUGCGAUGCGGCGACAGGCGUCACCGGCGAGAAGGUGGCGCGACUGUCGCUCGUCGACUUGGCCGGCUCCGAGCGGGCAGUGAAAACGGGCGCCGUCGGCGACCGCCUGAAGGAGGGAUCCAAUAUUAAUAAAUCAUUAACUACCCUCGGCCUGGUUAUAUCGAAACUUGCGGAUCAGUCGUCUGGAAGAACGAAUAAAGAUAAGUUCGUGCCGUACAGAGACUCCGUGCUCACGUGGCUCUUGAAGGACAACCUGGGUGGGAACAGUAAAACUGUUAUGGUAGCGACAGUAUCGCCAGCAGCAGACAACUACGAGGAGACCUUGUCGACCCUCAGAUACGCGGACCGAGCGAAGCGCAUCGUCAACCACGCAGUCGUGAACGAGGACCCGAACGCGCGCAUCAUCCGGGAGCUGCGACAAGAGGUUGAAGCUCUCAAGGAAAUGUUGAAGCAUGCCACUGGGUCGCCUGUUGGUGAAGAUGUACAUGAACAGUUAGCGCAGAGCGAGCAUCUAAUGAAGGAAAUGUCCAGAACGUGGGAGGAGAAACUAGUUGAAACUGGGAGAAUACAAAGCGAACGUCAGCAUGCCUUAGAGAAGAUGGGAAUAAGUGUACAAGCGAGUGGGAUCAAAGUGGAGAAAAACAAAUAUUACCUGGUCAACUUGAAUGCGGACCCCUCGCUCAAUGAACUGCUCGUGUAUUAUUUGAAGGAUCGAACCCUAGUCGGGGCGGACAGUGCAGCCGACAUCCAGCUAUCAGGGCUCGGUAUCCAGCGGGAGCACUGUUUGCUACUGGUUGAAGGUGGUGGGUUGUAUAUGGAACCGCUCGGUGCGGCGAGAUGCUUCGUAAAUGGAACACCCGUAGUCUCGAGGGUCAGACUCGGCCACGCGGACAGGAUACUGUGGGGGAACCAUCACUUCUUCAGGGUUAAUUGUCCGAAGGCUACUGCGGCAGCAUCAGAGCCGCAGACGCCUGCGCAGCCCAUCGACUACAACUUCGCGCGCGAUGAAAUAAUGCUCAACGAGCUAAGCAACGACCCCAUACAGACAGCCAUAUCACGUUUAGAGAAACAGCACGAGGAGGACAAGCAAGUUGCAUUAGAGAAACAGAGGCAAGAGUACGAGAGACAAUUCCAGCAGCUGAGAAAUAUUCUAUCGCCAUCAACACCAUAUCCACCAUACUCUUACGAUCCCCUAAAAUUGGGCAAAAUGUCGGCCUGCACGCCCACGACAGCGGCGCGUGUGGAGCGCUGGGCGGCGGAGAGAGAUGAUACGUUCAAACGGUCGCUCGGCCGUCUCAAGGCAGACAUAUUGCGCGCCAAUGCACUCGUGCAGGAGGCUAACUUCCUGGCUGAGGAGAUGCGCCGCAACACGCGCUUCAGUGUCACGCUGCAGAUACCGCCGCAGAAUCUCAGCCCCAACAGGAAGCGCGGCGCGUUCGUGUCGGAGCCGGCGAUCAUGGUGCGGCGCGCGGGCCGCGGCGGCCAGGUGUGGUCCAUGGAGAAGCUCGACAACAAGCUCGUCGACAUGCGCGACAUGUACGACGAGUGGCGGCGCACGCGCUCCGCCGCGCACCACGACCACUCGCCGCAGGAGCCCAGCGAAAAGGCCCUCGAUCCAUUCUACGAGUCGCAGGAGAAUCACAACUUGAUCGGUGUGGCUAACGUGUUCUUGGAGGCACUGUUUCACGACGUCACCCUGGACUACCACACGCCCAUCAUCAGUCAACAGGGAGAAGUCGCUGGUCGACUGCAGGUGGAGCUAAGUCGUGUGGGAGGACAGUUUCCACAAGACAGAAUUUGCGAGGCGGCCUCGGACAGUUCGGGAGAUAUGAGAGAUGACGAUGAUCCCGCUGAUACUGCCUCUCAACAGGUGACGGUCCGCGUGGUGAUAAAGCAGGCGACGGGUCUGCCGCCGUCGCUGUCCCACUUCGUGUUCUGCCAGUACUCGCUGUGGGGCGGCGGCGAGCCGGUGGUGGUGCCGCCGCACGUGAGCGCCGACACGCCGCCGCCCGCGCCCCCCGCAUCCCCCGCACCGCCCGCAACACCCGCGCAGCCUCUCUCCCCUCGACACCAGCCGCAGGUCACCUUCCGCUUCGACCACCGGCAGGACUUCACUGUGCCGCUCACGGAAGAGUUCAUUGAACACUGUGCCGAGGGCGCGCUAUCGAUCGAAGUGUGGGGCCACCGGUCGGCGGGGUUCAGCCGCGGGCGCGGCAACUGGGAGGUGGAGCAGCAGCAGCUGGCCAAGGCGCGCUCGCUGGCCGACCGCUGGGCCGAGCUCACGCGCAAGAUCGAGCUCUGGGUCGAGAUACACGAGCUCAACGACCAGGGCGACUACGCGCCCGUCGAGGUGUUACAACGCAACGACAUGGUAACGGGUGGCGUGUACCAACUACGUCAAGGUCAGCAGCGGCGGCUGGCGGUGCGGGUGCGGCCCGCCCACAACUCGGGCACACUGCCCAUCAUCUGCCAGCACAUCGUCAGCGUCGAAGUCGGAUCCGUUACUGUCAGAUCGCGACUACAAAAACCGUUAGAUUCGUACCAAGAAGAAGACUUGGCUGUGCUACGUGAGAGGUGGAGCGACGCGCUGGCCCGGCGACGGCAACACUUGCAUGCACAGUUACAGAAACUAGUAAAUAUGUCGCCGUCUAUGAAGAGCGAACGUGACAUGGAAAGAGAGCAGUCACUCGUCGAACAGUGGGUCUCUCUAACUGAGGAGAGAAAUGCUGUGUUGGUACCGAGUCCAGGCAGUCCUAUUCCAGGCGCGCCGGCUGCCUGGAGUCCUCCGCCCGGCAUGGAGCAACAUAUACCCGUGCUAUUCCUCGACCUUAACGCGGACGACCUAACAACACACCCAUCCGGCGAGGAGGUAACAGUGGCCGGAUUGCACUCAAUAUUACCCAAAGAGCACGGGAACAAAUUCUACGAGCUACAAAUACUGCACCAUCACGAGAAGGACGUGUCAGCUAUCGCCUCAUGGGACUCCUCCAUACACGACUCGCAGUACCUCAACCGGAUGACAGAAGCCAACGAACGCGUGUACCUUAUAUUAAAGGUGACGGUGAGGCUGUCACACCCCGCCCCCAUGGAUCUCAUACUUAGGAAACGAUUAGGGUUAAACAUAUAUAAACGACAGAGUUUUACAGACAGGAUACGGAAGAAAAUUGUGAGGACAGAUCAACUGACUCAAACUGGUGUGACAUACGAAGUAGUGUCAAAUAUUCCAAAGGCGUCGGAGGAGUUGGAGGAGAGGGAGAGCCUGGCGCAAAUCGCCGCCACCGGGGAGGAGGCUAGCGCUGCGGACGGCGAAACUUAUAUUGAAAAAUACACACGUGGCGUGAGCGCGGUGGAAAGUAUCCUGACCCUGGACCGACUGCGGCAGAGCGUCGCCGUCAAGGAGCUGGAGCAGUCUCGUGGACAGCCCAUCACAAUGAGGAAGACCGCCUCCGUGCCUAACUUCUCACAGAUCAUGCGUUUGGACUCGUCGUUCGAGUCCUUGGCGAGUCUCACCGGCGGUCGCUCGGGCAGCGUCGCGGACCUCGCGGACGAGACGCCGCGUCGCUCGGUGCACCGCCAUUCGUACGCUGCGCCCGCGCACAACGAUCCCGAUAUGCCGACACCGACCAAACCGUUUGGACUUGGCUCGUUUCUCUCAGCGCGGCCAACGUUCCUAAACUUGAAUCUGAACCUCAACUCACUGCGACUGCAGACUCCAAACAAGUCGUCCCCAGCGAGUGGUAAGCUCGGCCUACGUAUGACUACACUACACGAAGAGCCCGGCCGGCGGAACGAUGACGAUUCCCACUCGGAGCCCGAGUCGGCACCAGCGGAUGAGCUCACUACGCCGCGAUCACAUCGUACACGAAGCAGAGCGACGUCACGAGGUUUUCUACCUACUUCGAAGACGCUCGACUCACUUCACGAGCUCGCAUGUGAGCGAGUGCCCAAUAAAAACUCGCCCUCAAUAUCAUCCAGUGGUUAUGGAUCUCAGGCAGUGUCAUCAACAAACCUCACAAACGACGAUACACUCUCGAUCCGGAGCAUGUCCGUAGACGAUACGCCGGACUUCGACAAAGCCAUGGACUACACGCACCUCAGCAGAACGAAGAACUCGAUGGCGGGCCUCAGGAAUGAGAUCACCGAAUUACGGAACGACAUAACCGAAUUGAAAAACGAGAUAGUCGAAUCUAAGAACGAGUUGGAUGAACCGUCAUACGAGAAAGCAAAGACCCCGGUCCUCACACCCGGAUCGAGGAAUAGGAUUAAUCCGUUCCUAAGGGACUGUGAGCAGGCGGAGGAGGCCAGCGAACGCAAGGAACAGAUGUUGGACCCCCUCGGCGCGAUUCCAGUGGAGAGUCACGCUGUCAAGUCUAGUCAGAACAAGAGCGUCGACGCUACGCAGUUUAAUGGAGAGACCAUGCAUGACACUUCUUUCGGUGAGGCCGAAGUGGAAUCAGUAAGCUCUGAGCACUCGAGUCACGAGCAGUCGAGUGCGGAGCGUAGUCGCGAAGCGUCCUCUGUUGGCGAAAGCGAUUCCGCCUCUCCCGGGCCUGACCACUCUGUCGUUAAGACACAGCUGCCUGCUGGAAAGGUGGUGCGGCGGCGGGCGGGCGGCGGCGCGGCGGCACGAGCGGCUGCGCGUGCGUCGCUGCCGGCGACGCGGCCGCGCCCGGACCACGCGCCCGCCGAGCGGCAGCUGCGCGAUACGCCCGCCUCCUCCAGCGAACGCAUCGCUGAUGAGUCGGGGUCAGAUGGCGGUCGCAGCGGCGGCGCAGUGCCAGAGUGGUUGUGCGUGGGCGAGAGUGUGCAGCUGCGGCUGAGCAGCAGCACCGGCGUGGUCGCGUACGUGGGGCCCACGCACUUCGCCGCCGGCACCUGGGUCGGCGUCGCACUCGACGCACCCACUGGCAAGAACGACGGAUCUGUGGGAGGCACGCGAUACUUCACGUGUAACGCACGGCAUGGCAUCUUCGUGCGUGCUGAUAAGCUAACGCCUGACCGUCGCGGCCGCAGUGCGCGGGCAUACCGCGAUGCAGAGCUCAAGCGAGCCGCCAACGGUAAUGGUGAUGGAUUACAAAACCUACACAGAUCAAGAAGUCGCGGCGAGAGCAUAAACGCCAUUGGUACCAAAACUAGGAGCAAAUAAACUAAUCUUACCUUUACCUUUAGUUCGCUCGGUACGCCAACGUAUCUACUGUAGGUACUUUAUAUAGAUUGGCAUACACCGUUCAAGUACUGUCAACCCAUCACAUGGUCCCGUUUCUGCGGACGAGGCCAGCUAUGUAUCGGACCGAAUUUAUAUAAACGUCCACAUGUUUUCGUGCGACUUGUAUAGUGAACAUGUUUUUUGUUGCAGUCGUAUUACGCGUAUGGUGCUUUAUAUGUAUCGUAGGUGUUCAGUUCGUCUAUUAAAUUGCCACAUGGGUAAAGCAAUAUAAUUAUGCCUUUGUUAAUUAAUUCCAAGUACAUUUUUUAAGGCCGGGGCUAUUGUUGAGGGAAAUCAGUAUGUCUCCGUUUUAUUGACACGAGCAAUAAAAUGACGAUGACAUCGAAUACGUUUCCGUACGUUCGCUAAUGUUAGAGGUACGUUUUAAUUAAUCAUUAUUUUAUACUUAAGUAUUUAAUUUUUACGUAAAGAUUGACUACAAUAUAACGUGUAAAUAUAUUUGGAAUUUGUGAUCAUUAAUUUUAUCAUUUCAUUUCGAUGUAAAUAUGUGAUUUAUAAUUUGUGUUGUGUGUGUAUUAUUAAUUAUUUAAUUUAAUGAUUUAGAACCAAUGAAAUUUAUGUGAUCGACCAUGAUAAGAUUCGAUGGAUUAUUUGUAUAGAAAUUUUUUACUGUAUAGUUUGUGGUAUAGAUUAUACUAUCGUAAAUUAUUUAUCUAUUUUAACUAUUUGACUGUGCUUUUUGUCUGUGGAGACCAGAAUAGAUUUACAUUUCCCAUGUGGAAUAUGAAGUCUGUAGAUCACGAUUUUUCGUUUCACACUGCACUAAUAAAUAUUUUGUAAUAAUAAUUUUCAACCCUAAAUAUACGUAACCUAAUGGCGACUUCCGAUUGCUCAGAAAAAAAUUGUGUUCUAUACACAUUAGCCAGAUUGAAUGUGAUAACCUUUCUUGCCACAGGUUUAUAUUUUUAUUUGUGCCGCUUUUGUCUUUCAUAAACUCAAUUAGAAAUUUACGAAAUCGUCCAACGUUACAUCUUCGUCCUUUAUAAGACUUGUACUUAGUACACUAAAUCAUUUGACGGAUCAACCGAUACCCAUAAGUCAUUCUAUAUGGCGCAAGCGACACGCGUAUACGGUAUAUGUACAUAAAACUUGGUGUUUGAGACGCUUUAGUUUCACUAAGCAGUUAUUUCGAUUUCCAAUAUCUUUAACACAGUCCGCUAUAUUGGAUUGUGCAAAAGCAUACCGCUUGUCGCUUGUCGCUUGCGCCAUAAGCUAACAAUUAGGUUGUGUCCGUGAUUAAAAUUUUAUGUAAAAAUGAUAUUGUAGUGAUAUCAGCGCAAUGUAAAUUACAUUUGACUAUUAAAUUGUCCUCGAUUUAUCUCCAUCCACUUGCGAACAAUAAUCGACGAUCUCUUUGUGUAUUAGCGAAAUGACGUCUAUUGUUUACAAUGUUUUAUUAAUAUGAAAAUUGUGGUAGUUAUUUGAAAUAUUGACUAAGUUUUGGUAAAAAUAUCAAUCCCUAGCGGUGUAGUACGCGUGUUAUCGUUAAAAUAAUGAGAUGUCCACAGUAAAGUAUAGGCUAUAGCUCACCUAAUGUAUAUUCCAUCCUUUUAGUAAAGUAAUCGUUCAUAAGUACAUUAAACAAGUACACAAAUAGAGUAAAUGCCUCGUUAUCUAUUAGUAUUUGUAAGUUCCACUUUCAGCGUUCAUUAUAGCCCGCCACUUGCCUCCAUUCCUGUAAACAUAUGUAUAUUAACAUUUAAAAUGUAAGUACGUACUAACUUAAAUGAAAAAGUUAUCAAAAAUAUUAAAUCAGCUAAUAACUUAUAUGCACUCGAGAAUUAAAUGCCAAUUUAGAGGUCGCGGCUACACUGAAAUCGAUUCGGCCAGUGUCAGGAAGUUGAAACCUCCUUUUGAGAAAAUAGUUUCCGUUUAGUAUAGCUGUAUAUCUGAACGUCUUUGCUUUCCUUUACUAGUACGCUUGUAUUGGUGUACCACGUGUACGGAGUCUAUUGUAGUGCGGCCGUGGCCAUAGUUCAUAAACGUUGACUGACGUCAUAUUUGUCACACGUACAUAGUUUAUCACGAUUUGUCAUCUUAAUCGAAUGCUUAUUAGACUGUUGUACUUAAUACAUUCCAUUUUUCUAUACAUUUAUUGUACUAGCAGAUUUUUCAGUAGUUAUAUACAUCUGUGAACUGAACUGAUAGUCAGUUGAAACUAUGAGUAGUUUUGAACGGGAUUAAUUUUGCAUUUUACGAUUUUUAACUUUGAAUAUUAAUGUAUAGACCAGUAUAUAAAUAAAUCUAUCUGGGCCCUAACUAGGACAGCUCAAUGUGUAGUCGAAGUUAAAAUCUAAAAGAAAUAUUGAAUAAAAUAUUUUCAAAUAUAGUAGGAUGUCUUUGAAACUCUCGAUGUGCUUAUGUCCAGUAGUUUUAUUUUGGUAGAACAUGGGCAAUGGGUAUAAAAUCCGCAAGUACGAAAUGUUAGGUGGUCAUGUGAGUACGGGUGGCGCGCGCGGCAGGUAUGUAAUAUGACUAGAUGAAUUAGGCUAAUCACCUUAAGCUGUCCACAAAUGUUAUGAUUUGGUAAAUGAUCAAUAGAGUUGAUUGACGGCUUGCAACUGUCAGUUUUGGGAUUAGGGACACACUAUUUCAUAAUUUUAGUUACAAGUCGUGUAACGCUUGUAACUGUAACUGAAAGGGUACAACCCUAAUCACGAAACUGUCUCUUUCAAAUGGUUUCAAAUGGGAAUCGUUGUCAUCUACAGGGUUACACAAUCAAGUCCUAGUUUGCUAUUAUUGGAUGUAUCAAUCGGCUUUAUUUAUUGUAAGCCAAAUCGUGACUUUCAUAGACAGGUGCCUCUCUAGAUAAAUGGCAGACUAAUCCGAUGGAUACGUUUUCGCUACCUCAUGCAUGUGAUAAAACGAAACGAGUACUUACGGCGUUUUGUUCUUUACAUUUCACAUACGUGUGACAUCGUAAACUAUUAAUAGAUUAGUUUGCCAUGUCUUUAGGAUGGCUGUAUACGCAGCGCCUCGUAGGUCCUAAUUUAAUUUAAUAGAAACUAAGCUGACCAUGUGCUGUGCUUUUGUUUUAAAUAAAUAGUUUUUAGGUAAAUGAAAUUAUUGUUUUAUUAUUAUUUUACAAUCAUGUAGAUGUUUUGUAUUUAUUGCAGUCAAUUGAAACAAACAUGAGCUUUUACGAUGUUAAUGUAAUUAGUUCGAGGUGACGCAUGGGUCGUUAUAGAAUAGAAAAAGGAUACUUAAGUUGCCAGUGGACAGUGUAAAAUAAAUAUACCUAGAUCACAAAUCACAUGUAUUUUAAUUCUUUUAAUUGUAAGCGAAAUAUAAUAGGCAGCUACUUGGUAGCGUUAGAUGGUUGCAUCUUCAUUAUAAACAUACAUAAAGAGAUUUUUAAUAUUUAAUUACAAAAAUAGUUCACUAUUAGUGGAAAUAUUUUUGCCAAGUAGCAAACUCGAGUCAACCAUCGCUGUCAUUAUCAAUAAAUGUAUUAUAAAUUA